CGCACCCCAGUUCUGUCGUCGAGAUUUUUUUUCUCAUUAACCUUACUUGACAUCAAAUUUGUUAGUGAAACUUGAUUAUUAGUUUUUUUGUUUCUCAUUUCAUGUCGACGACAAUCUUUUGUCACAAGUAAACAGUAAUUUGACGAUACCUAACAUUAAAAAAAAUUUACUGUCAAUCAAAAGUAUAUACCUACAGAAAAUAAGUAAUAACUAGAGAAUAUAAAAGAAUAAAAUCUCUAGUUGUGUUGAUAAGCAAAACUCUAACCUACAAUUUGUAAAAGAUUUUUACAUAAUUUAUUUAUUUAUAUAUUUUUAUUAAGUAUAUAGUUUUAAGUGAAAUGUUCCACGAAAAAUUAUUUAAACUCAUAGAACAAAUAGACUUGAAGAAAUUAAUUGAAUAAAAAUAUCAACCGAUCAUGGCAUUUUACAACUAUCAGACAAGUCAUUUAAUGUACCUCAUAGAUGCGGAAAAUUCGACGGGCUUAAAAAAGCUUCUUGAUGUAUAUCCACUGCACUCAAUGAAGCCUGGGAUGUGGUAUAAAUUAAUGCAGAAAGCAGUUAGUAUUGGCAAUCUGGAUGUCAUCCAAGUACUUAUCUGGGAUUUUCACAUUAAUAAUUUAAACAAACACCCAUGUGAAACACCGCUUCAUAAAGCUGUGUUAAACAAUGAUUCUAUAUUCAUUUCUGCACUGCUAAGUAAAGGUGGUGAUGCUAGUUCCAAAAAUGAACUCGGCGAUACGCCACUUCAUUUAGCAAUAGAAAAAAAGAAUUUCGAUAUUGUACGAAUAUUAUUAAAUGGUGGAGCCGAUUUAAAUGCGAAAAAUAAUUGUAAUGUUAUGCCACUAAGUCUUGCUGUUCAUGUUGGUAACUUUGAAAUUUUUGAAUAUCUUCUCAACCGGGGUCCAUAUAUUAAUACAUCUUGCACUAUUGCUGAUUUAAAAGAAUACACACCACUACACCUAGCUGUUGUAAAUGGCAGUAAUCAUGGAAAGAGGAUGAUAGAGCAUCUUUUAAAGAGAGGUGCCGAAAUCAACGCUCUAGAGAAAAGUGGAUUCACUGCUUUACAUCUAGCUAUUUUAAAAGAGAGACGUCCAAUCAUCGAUCUGCUUUUAGAUCAUACUAAUAUUAAGAUUGAAAAUAAUUAUAAAAUCUCUCCUCUUUGCAUCGCUGCUGCCCUUGGAGAUUUUAAAACUGUUAGUAGUUUAAUUAAUCAAGGAGCUCUUAUCAAUACCAGUUGUGACUAUGACAGCGAACUAAAGUCGUGUACGGUUUUACAUCUGGCAGCGAGAAAUGGAAAUAAAGCUACGCUAGAAAUCUUAUUAAAGGAAGGUGCAGAUGUUCAAGCGCGUAAUGAGGAUGGCGAGACACCGCUUCAUAUUGCUAUAACUAAAGGAAAUACCGAAGCUGUUGAACUUCUUGUUCAACAUGGCGCUGAUGUCCACUCGGUUAGUCCCAAGUGGGAAACAGGAUUUACCCCGUUACAUCAAGCCAUUGCAAAUAAUAAGAAAGAAAUUGUAAAUAUACUAAUAUCUGGAGGUGCUGAUAUUAAUAGUGAUACAUGGAUAUUGCCAAUUCAUUACGCUGCUUUGAAUGAUUGUGGUGAAAUAAUAAAAAUUCUGCUAGAUAAUGGAGUCUACGUAGAUACUUUAGAUCGGAAUGGCAAAACUCCUUUAAAUAUUGCCAUUCAUGCACAAAAAUUAAAAUCUAUAGAAUGGAUUUUAAAAUACUGCCCUAAUCUAAAAUGUCAAAGUAAUAAUGACAUACUUGAUAUCAUUGACUCUUACAAUAAAUUCGAAUAUAAAAAAGUGAUAGCAAUGCUUUUUAAAUAUGGAGUAACAAUUAAACAACAUCAUAUUCAAAAUAAGCAAAUAAUUUUUACAGCGGUUGAAUUAGGGUUUGUUAAAAUUGUCGAAAAACUGUUAAAAUUGGGAGUUUGUCCCAAUACCGUUUUAAAUAACGAUUUAAUGUAUAGCAUGCUACACAUAGCCUGCCUUCAUCGUCAGAAUGAAGUGGUUAAAUUAUUAAUAAAUAAAGGAGCUGAUGUAAAUUGCAGAGACCAUCAAGGCAAGACACCGCUCUUUUAUGCAGUACAUAACAGUGAUGGGAGGAUAAUAAAGAUACUGCUACGUAAUCACGCUGAUAUCAAUGUUAAAGCUCGAGAUGGGCGAACCCCUCUUUCUCUAUCUGUUGAAGAUGUUGAUAGCGAUAUUAUUACGUUACUUUUAGAUAAUGGUGCAGAUAUUCAUUGUAAUAUUUAUUAUGCAUUGAAUGUAGAGCACGAUGACGAUACGGACGAUGAUCAUUAUUUUGAAGAUUAUGAUGCUGUAGUGGAUUAUUACUAUGAGCAUCAACAUCAGAAUGAAGACCGUCGUCUAGUGGCAGAAAUUUUGCAGAAACAAAUAAUACUAUUGAAAACUGCAAAUUUUCCUGUGGAUCGUGAAUAUUCAAGUUUAGUUGAUGAUGUGUGGGGUUUUACCGAGGAAUGCAAGAAAGAAAUAGAAACAAUGAAAAAAAAUAAAGUUCAUGAGGACAUUAAUCAUAUUACAUAUUAUGAUCUUUUAACAAGAAACUUACAUACUAUCGCUAUUUAUUUAAAAAAUUAUAAAAUAAAAAAUGCUGUAGAAUCAUUCGGUUACCAAGAUAAGUUUCCAAUAUAUUGUAUGAUGUUGAAAUAUCGUUGUGAGCGAGCUAUAAAACGGAAUGAGCUAUUCGAAAGCGGACCUGGGAUUUCUAUCUUCAACAUUUUUUCAACGUUACCGUAUAUUUGCGUGGAUGAGAUAUUCAGUUACUUAAAUAAUCCAUCCUUACAAGCUUUAUUGAUUGCUGUACAAUUUGUUCAAAAACAAAAAAUUGAUCAUAAAACAAAUACUUCGUCUGAUGUUCAAAAAAUUACCUGUGAUUCACCAAAUAAAAAAAUUCGUAUGUGAUAAGAGUUAUCUUCUGAUACAAAAUAGAUAAGAUUUAAUGAAAAAUGAAAAUGAAAAUUUAACACAAUUAUAUUAAUAUUUUUAAUUUAAAUAUUGAACGAAUACAAUCCAUUAUUGAAAUACAAUUACUAUAAUAACAGACUGUAGGUAAAUUUAAUUUGAUAACCAUGUAAGCAAUUUAUGUCAUUUUUCAAUAAUGAUGAAUUAUGACUGAAUGAUAAUUACUAUCUGCAAAGAGAUUAUAAUAUGUGAAAAAUUAGUACAACUUUAUUUUAUUAUUUAUGGUAUGUGAACAAUGGUUAAAUCCUUAUAUUUUUGUAAUU